AUGGCUUUGUCAGGCAUGCGAGGCCUCUCUGUUUUCAUCAGCGACAUUCGGAAUUGCCAGAACAAAGAGCAGGAGAGGCUCCGGGUCGAUAAGGAGCUUGGAAAUGUCCGUACACGCUUCAAAAACGAAAAGGGUUUGUCACCUUAUGAAAAGAAGAAGUAUGUUUGGAAAAUGCUUUACAUUUAUAUGCUGGGCUAUGAUGUGGAUUUUGGUCACAUGGAAGCAGUUUCUUUAAUAUCUGCGCCUAAGUAUCCAGAAAAGCAGGUUGGGUACAUUGUGACAUCAUGUCUGCUCAAUGAGAACCAUGAUUUUCUGAGAUUAGCGAUAAAUACCGUGCGCAAUGAUAUUAUCGGUCGUAACGAGACUUUCCAGUGUUUGGCAUUGACUAUGGUUGGGAAUAUCGGCGGAAGAGAAUUUGCGGAGUCAUUAGCACCUGAUGUUCAAAAGUUACUUAUUUCUAGCAGCUACAGACCACUUGUGAGAAAAAAAGCCGCACUAUGUCUAUUGCGCUUGUAUAGGAAAAAUCCUGAUGUUGUCAAUGUAGAUGGCUGGGCUGACCGGAUGGCACAACUUUUAGAUGAACGCGAUCUUGGUGUUUUGACAUCAUCUAUGAGCCUUCUAGUAGCCCUCGUAUCAAACCACCAUGAUUCUUACUGGAGUUGUCUUCCAAAAUGCGUUAAAAUAUUAGAACGGCUUGCUAGGAACCAGGAUAUUCCACAAGAGUACACCUACUAUGGUAUCCCAUCUCCCUGGCUUCAGGUUAAGACAAUGAGGGCUCUUCAGUAUUUUCCUACUGUUGAAGAUCCAAAUACCAGACGGUCAUUGUUUGAGGUCUUACAACGGAUAUUGAUGGGUACCGAUGUUGUUAAAAAUGUUAAUAAGAACAAUGCAUCGCAUGCUGUUCUCUUUGAAGCCCUUGCUCUUGUCAUGCAUCUGGAUGCUGAAAAGGAAAUGAUGUCUCAGUGUGUUGCACUGCUUGGAAAAUUUAUUGCUGUGCGAGAACCAAAUAUCCGAUAUCUUGGUUUGGAAAAUAUGACGCGCAUGUUAAUGGUGACGGAUGUGCAAGAUAUCAUCAAGAGACAUCAGGCUCAGAUCAUCACCUCAUUGAAGGAUCCAGAUAUCAGUAUUCGUAGGCGUGCUCUUGACUUGCUUUAUGGUAUGUGCGAUGUUUCAAAUGCAAAAGAUAUAGUUGAAGAACUAUUGCAGUAUCUUAGCACAGCGGACUUUGCAAUGCGUGAGGAAUUGUCACUUAAAGCUGCCAUUCUUGCCGAAAAAUUUGCCCCUGAUCUGUCAUGGUAUGUAGAUGUGAUUCUUCAACUAAUUGACAAAGCUGGAGAUUUUGUCAGUGAUGAUAUAUGGUUUCGUGUUGUGCAAUUUGUUACAAAUAACGAAGACUUACAGCCAUAUGCAGCAGCAAAAGCCAGAGAGUAUCUUGACAAACCUGCUAUACAUGAGACAAUGGUUAAGGUCAGUGCAUAUAUCAUUGGAGAAUUUGGCCACCUUUUGGCCAGACGGCCUGGGUGUAGUCCAAAGGAAUUAUUUAGCGUCAUACAUGAGAAGCUUCCUGCUGUAUCGACUUAUACUAUUCCUAUUCUUCUUUCAACAUAUGCUAAGAUCUUUAUGCACACUCAACCUCCAGAUGCAGAACUACAAAAUCAGAUUUGGGCAAUAUUCAACAAGUACGAGAGUUGCAUUGAUGUAGAGAUACAACAACGAGCUGCUGAAUACCUUGCCUUGAGUAGGAGAGGUGCAGCUCUUGUGGAUAUAUUGGCUGAAAUGCCUAAAUUUCCUGAGCGGCAGUCUGCAUUGAUAAAAAAGGCUGAAGAUACUGAGGUUGAUACAGCAGAACAAAGUGCUAUCAAGUUGCGGGCCCAGCAGCAAACAUCAAAUGCUUUGGUUGUUACUGACCAACGUCCUGCUAAUGGGACCCCACCUGUCAACCAGCUCGGUCUUGUGAAGAUUCCCAGCAUGAGCAGUAAUGCGGAUCACAAUUCAACCGACCAAGCGUUAUCUCAGGAAAAUGGUACUUUGAGUACAGUUGAUCCUCAACCUGCUUCAGCAGAUCUCCUUGGUGAUCUCUUGGGUCCACUGGCUAUCGAAGGCCCUCCUGGUACUGCUGUUCAAUCACAACCGAGUGUAAUCCCUGGAGUAGGAGGCGAUUCAAAUGCAGUAGAUGCCGCAGCCAUAGUGCCUGUUGGCGAGGAGCAAAAUUCUGUUCAGCCAAUAGGAAAUAUUGCUGAAAGAUUUCUUGCUUUGUGCUUGAAAGAUAGUGGUGUUCUAUACGAAGAUCCUAAUAUUCAGAUUGGAAUUAAAGCAGAGUGGCGGGUACAUCAAGGAUGUCUUGUUCUUUUCUUGGGAAACAAAAAUACUUCACCGCUUGUGUCAGUUCAGGCUAUAAUAUUGCCUCCCUCCCAUUUCAAAAUGGAGCUCUCACUAGUACCAGACACUAUACCUCCCAGGGCACAGGUACAAUGCCCACUUGAAGUUGUGAAUCUCCGUCCAAGCAGGGAUGUAGCGGUUCUUGACUUCUCCUACAAGUUCGGUAACAAUAUGGUCAAUGUCAAGCUUCGCCUCCCAGCUGUCUUGAAUAAAUUUCUUCAGCCUAUACCAGUGUCUGCUGAAGAGUUCUUUCCUCAGUGGAGAUCACUAUCAGGACCACCUCUGAAGCUUCAAGAAGUGGUUAGAGGUGUCAAACCAAUGCCACUUGCCGAGAUGGCAAAUCUACUUAACAGUUUGCGAUUGAUGGUUUGUCCAGCACUUGACCCAAAUCCAAAUAACCUUGUUGCAAGCACAAUGUUUUACUCAGAAAGUACACGGGCCAUGCUUUGCUUGGUUAGAAUAGAAACAGAUCCAGCAGACAGAACCCAGUUGCGUAUGACAGUUUCUUCAGGGGACCCUACAUUAACACUCGAGUUGAAGGAGUUCAUCAAGGAACAACUAUGUAGCAUCCCUACAGCCCCUCGUGCACCUGGACCAGUGUCACCAGCACAUCCAGUAGCUCAGCCAACCAGUCCGGCUGCAGCAUUAACGGAUCCCGGGGCUAUGCUAGCCGGUCUGCUGUGA